AUUCAAAAAAUCAUUGGUCUGUAGCGAUGUGGAACGCAUCCUUAAAUAACUGUCAAAAUUUCACCUACGUCGCGCUGUAUUUUGUAAACUUUAUCAAUGUUAUUUAUCACGUUUACCACUAAUUGCCGUUUUAUUUACACAUUACGAGAUCUUGCUCAAUUUAUAACCAAUCAAUAUCGGUGCUAAUGCUAUAAAACACAAAUCUAGAUAGUAUAAAGUUACGUUUCAUUGUUAAGUAUUUAAGCUAUAGAAAAUGUGUUCAAAUCGCCCAUACAAGGUGUGCUACUGCUAGGUGCGUCAUUGUUGGGUGUCCAGGCAGCUAUUUAUAACAAAAGCUGCCCCAAUUUCUUCUAGAACAAAAUGGAAACACUGCACAAAACAGACAUAGUCAAUGAUACCCGACGCGACAACAUGAACAACGAAGUGUCCUCGACGUCCAGUGAUGAUUGCAGCGCCAUCACCAGCGUCAAGCUAACCAAAUACUACAAAAAUAACUACGUGUCGGCCAUGUCUGACAACGAGACCGGACACAGGCCCCGCAUGCAAGCACGGACUCACCACAAAAGCAUGGGCAACAUACACGACAUCAGAGACGUCACCAUGGUACAAAAUAGCUUAAGCAACAUAGACCUAAGUCUACACCGAGAAGAAAUAAAGAAAUUCGACUCACUACAAAUACCCAUAGUUGGUUACGAAGUCAUGGAGGAACGAGCUAGGUUCACGAUCUACAAGCUGAAGGUAGAAGAUGACAAACGGGACCAGUCUUGGCUAGUAUUUAGACGAUACACUGAUUUUGUUAGGUUAUAUUCCAGAAUAAAAGCGGAGCAGCCUAAUAUUAUGCUUCCGUUGCCUGGCAAGAGAUGGUUUAGAGACAACUUUGAUUCUGCGUUUCUAGAAGAGAGAGUAAGAGGUUUACAAGUAUUUGUGAAUGCUAUAUUAAAGAAGCUACCGAAUCAUCCGUUUGUGAGGGAGUUUUUUUGUCUCGAUGAGCCUCCGCAGGUCUUUAGUUACCAGCCGGAGGUCCAAGCCGUGUACGGAGCCCUAGAGGACUCCAUAAUGACGCUGAAAAUGCAGCUAAAGCAGAAGGAUGCGACCAUAAUGCAUUUGCAGAAGCGCGUGGCGCAGUUAGAGGGGCAGGUUAAGAACUGUGCCAGUUGUAGUACAAAUGUUAAUAAUAAUAGUAUGUAAUUUUGGUACCUGAAGCUUGCUCUAACGUUACGUUUAGUAGAAUCGGACCAAGUGUGAUUAGUGACCAAGGAAACUCUGCAGCGCAAUACUUCGACUACCAUAAUAGUAGAUUGUUAACCAAGGGAUGAAAGACACUCAUUUCUACCGGGGUACUUUGGUCUUCUAACGCAGUGAGAGCGUUAAUAAUCCGAGGAUCGUAGUUAAACGCUGUUACUUUUCAUUUCGAAAACGAGGAAAGUAAAAUACAUGUGUUUUUUUAACAUGACAGUCUAAUUUUUUAUAGGAUUUCUUGAACCUACAAUUAACCAUUUAGGUAAAAGUACUGUUAUUUAUGGGGAGGUCAAUAUCAGAAUGGAAAUUGUAUAACAGAUCCAUUUAAACCAACAUUUAAAAACUAGUGUUAUUUUAAACGUCAAACUUAUAUGAACUUAUGACGUAUAAAUAACACUUGCACUGCGUGUGCUAUCAAAAACGUUGCAGAUUUAUCUUGGUCUAACUAUAUAUAUACACCGUGUUUUUUUAAAUUCCGCUAACUCCGGGGUAUAGGUAAGUACGCUUAAGGGAAAAAAAUGGCAUAGUUAAUUAAAAAAUAAUAAUAAUAAUAAAGUUAUUAAUAGCAUAUAGCGUUGUUGUAACACGGACAUUACAUUUAAUUCAGCCAAACAAUUGAAAACUGUGACAUAUCAAUAUCAAUGUCAUUUCGAACAUCGAUCGUCUGAGACAGUACUUAACUUUUGUUGCAAAUGAAUAAACUCGUAAUAAACACUAAUCAAUAUGUACACAGGCCCUAAGGCAAGUGUACACGCUCGUAAGGGCCGUAUAAGAAAAAAAUUAAUGUUUGAUUAUCUCCGCAAUGGAGUUAAUUACAAUACCGCUGUCUUUGAGAAAGUUACUUAAUUUAAGCUCAGGAAUGCACCCUUGAAAUUAACGAAAAUAUACAAAACACGGUGCAUAUAUGCAUUGGCAAUAUAAAUACCCGGUACUACAUACUACUGGUCCGGUAGCUUGCUAUGGUUGUACCAAUGUACCGCAUUUUAUUUAAGAUUCUCAUUUUGUAAAUUAGGAAAUAUUUAACAGGGUUUCGAUAUAUCGAUAAAUAAGCCACAAAUGUUCUAUGUAUGAUUAUGAAUUGUUCUGUAUGCUCAUUCAAUAGGGAGUAUUAUUGCAAUAUUCUGCCGCCAGAGUUCAGCGGUAGCACACAUCAUAAACCAUAGAGUAACUUAUACGUACUAUCAAAGAGAAUUUGAAAUAGAGGUGCAUUGUCACAGAAAAUUUUGUAGCCACAGUAAAUUUACUGCCAUCUUUAGACACAUGAUUAAAACUUUUAGCAUGCCAUGUGACUUUGAUCCUUAUUCCUUUCUUAAUUGAUUGAAUAUCAAAAAGUGGCGCCAUCGCUUGAAACGAUGCCGCCAUAGCUUUGGUCUUUGAUCUAUUAGAUGGCGCCACUUUUUGUUAUAUAACAAAUUUAACACAUAUCAGUGAAUGGAUAAGGAGCAUAGUCAGAUCUAAAAGUUUAAAUCAUGUGUCGAAUAAUGGCAGUAAAUUUACUGUGGCUAUAAAGUUUUCUUUGCCAAUCCACCUCUAUUUAAAAUUCUCUUUGCUAGUGCCCGCCGCGCUAAGGACAACUAUAGGUGUUAUGGCGGACGCUGUCAAAGUAACCUUCACACUUUCAAGUAAGGUUUACAUUAGCUCGCUUGCUCCCGCAACCUUGGCGUUUGAGUGAUGUUUGUGUUGUAAACAAACCGCCUUAUAUUUAUUAAUAAGAUAUAAUAUGUGAAAACUUGUCAAAACACUGUUUUACCUUUUGAACCCUUUAUGUCAUAAACACAAACAUCACUCAAACGCCAAGCUCCCGGUCGUAAGCGAGCUAAUGUAAACCUUACUCGACAGUAUGAAGGUUACUUUGACAGCGUCCGCCAUGACACCUAUAGUUGUCCUUGGCGCUGUGGGCACUAGUAACGACGACAUUAGGUGUUCUUGGCGUUCAAAGGGAAGUCAAGUCAACGGCAGAUAAAUUCUCAAGUGGAUCCCAACAUUUAAAAAAGUUACUCUACCAGGGGUUCUCAAACUUUUUGGUGACUGAACUCUUUUGGAAAGCGAAAUAUUUGAUGGGGACUUAAAUUAAUUUUUUUUGUUUGUCACUGUGGACGAGAGAUGGUUUUUUUUUACUCGCAGAACUUUGAGAAUGGUUGUAAUUAGCUUUGGAAAAAUACGGAAAAAUUUCCAAACGAGUCGUUUUUUUCGAAAAUUUCAGUUACAAUACUUCCGAAAAAAACUAAUAAAGCCGAAAAAAACAACUUUUUUUUUAACUUUUGUUUUGUUCCAUAUGAAUUUCAUUGGGAAUUUAAACAGGAAGGUUAAGGUUGCACGUCUAAUGUGUUAGUUUCUGGCAUUUUAUAUAUUUGUCACUGUCAUCAGUCAUCACUCAUCAGUGGCAUUGUGUAUGAUAUUUCUGAAUAAAACAGGAAAAAACCGAAAAAAAUCGAAAUUUGGUAAAAUUCCCGAAAAAAUCAUUUUAUUUUCUCCGGAAUUUUCAUCCCUAGUUGUAAUAUAGCAACUUUUACUAACUACCUGAGAUAAGUGAUAGAUCUAUAAUAGAACAUCCGCUUCGAUAUAAUGAGUCUGCAAUUAAGCAAUAUUAGUACAAAAUAUAAAUUAACUUAAAUCAAACAUGAGUAGGUAAAUUACAAAAAAUUGUAAACUAGGUCCAUAAUUGGUACUGAAGUCGGAAAAUUAUUUCCUGUUAAAAUACAAAGAAAGUAGUAAAUUAAUUUUAUUAAUUGUUAACUUAGUGACUUGAUUUUCUUUUACACCUUAGUACAAUUUUGUACUUGUAUAUUCAACAAUAAAAAAAAAAUAUUGUAGCUAACUUAUAUUAAAAAACUGUCAAAUAUAUAUGUAUAUAACUUACCUAUAUAAAAGACAUGUGUCAUUCACGAGUGAGUGAUUUAAAUGAACUAUAUCUUUUGAUUGAACUCAGUCACUCUUUAACUCACUGAUGAUUUAACUCAUCUAUCUCUGUGUUCCUGGUUCGCUCUUUCCCACUCACGAUUCGAAUGAUCCGGCCGAGUGUGACGAGCGAGUGAGACGAUGCGAAUAUAUGUUUCUGGAUUUUAAAUAGUAUGUACAGUAAGCUGCAGAGAUAACUGACCCCCUGCACGGAAAUGUGUUUGCAGGGGGGUCAGUUAUCUCUACAACUUAUACGGUUUUGGUACAAAAUUAUCUCACUAGGCGCUCGAUAUUCCGGCAGGUAGUGUUUCCGUUGACCUGCUCUAUAAUUCGGGAGUUUAAAAUACAGUCGAACGCCGGAUUACCGAUCGGUUGCAUUGUUCGUUUGACCUUGACGGCCACAUGUUUUUAUUAGGUCAUUUCCAAUAAAACUUCACUAAUCCGGUACCUUCUACAAUCCGGCAAAGGGGGGAGAAUCGAGUGCCGGAUUACCGAGCGCUGACUGUAUUUAUUUUAGUGUGUGACAUUUAACAUUUAAUUUAAUUUUCUCAUUAACUAAGCCGUGGGUGCGUAGCCAAGAUGACUCCGUAGCGAACGAUACGGCCCUCUCUCUCUGUCACUCAGAUAUUAGCGCGCCAAACAUAUUGGCGUCUCAUUCGCCACGGAGCGUAAGCGAUUGGCAUCUUGGCAAAGCCCUCUGAUAUUUAAAUUAUUGUUUUUAUUCUUGACGACCAGUUUGGCCUAGUGGGUCCCGAGUUCAAAUCCUGGUAAGGGCAUUUAUUCGUGUGAUGAGCAUGGAUAUUUGUUCCUGAGUCAUGGGUGUUUUCUAUGUAUUUAAGUAUUUAUAAAUAUUUAUAUAUUAUGUAUAUCGUUGUCUAAGUACCCUCAACACAAGCCUUAUUGAGCUUACUGUGGGACUUAGUCAAUUUGUGUAAUAAUGUCCUAUAAUAUUAAUUUAUUUAUUUAUUUAUAUUCUACUGUAUAAAAAAUCCAUGCUGCCUGGUGCAAACAUUGAAUAAAUGUAUUAUAUAACCAAAAAUGUGAAUAAUUUACUGUUAUGGUAUUUUGUGAAUAAGUUUAUUAUAUUAUUACUUUCAUAGGUGCUACAUGUCACUGAUAUAUUUAGCAUUUACCUAUAAUGUUGCAUUUUUACACAUAGCAAAUAUAUAUUGAUUAAGAUGCGUAAAAUCAUAGAUUAAUAUAAGUAAAGAAAGAGUGGAGAACUUCAUACAUAAGUUUUCUUACCAAACGCGAGCUAAUCGUAGUUGACAUCUAGCGUCAAAAAGCGGAAUUUAUCAGUACUGCUACUUGACAAUAGAUGUCGCGACGAAAGAAAACUAAUGCUCAACAAUUUUCAGCUAAUAUUAUAACCGGAUUAACCGAAACUCUAUUUUCAACUUCUGCUUGUAAUAGGGAGCGUGCAUGAACUGUAGAAGGCAGCACAGGAGCCGUCAGAUUUUUUUGAGCCUUAUUUGUAUAUAGAAAAAGAUCUUUCUACAUCCACUGAUGUGAGUGGAGUGAAAUGGAUAUACAAUAUAUUUAUAUUAUCUAAGGAAGCUUGCUUUAAUACUAGAUGAAACUUUUUUCUCACUUAAGCAGAAAGCUGUGCAAAAUAGAUUAAUCACAAUCCGUAGAUUGCGACGUGACGUGAAGGCAGCCGAAAUAAAAUAAUUUAAUUUAUAAUUAUUAAUUACAAUUAAUCAUUUAUAAUUAUUUUAUACACACAAUAUCAUUAAAUGACAAGGUAUGUCCAUGUUAUGCAAAAACUGAAAACAGCUCACCCCCGCCGAUCUCUGGUGACAUCUGGUGUCAAGUAGCGGUACUUAUAAAUCCACUUAUUGACGCUAGAUGUCGACUACGAAAUAACUCGCGUUUUGGUAAGAACACUGAUUUAUGGAGUUAGGUACCACUCUUUCUUUACUUAUAUUUCUUUAGGUAAAAUCUUAGACAAAUUCGUGUUAGGAAUUUGACAGGUAAACGAGAUGGCGCUGUACAGCUCCAUACAUUUUGCGGUAACUCGGAUUUUCAAAAGUUGUCGUAUCACAACUCAGUGACAGCUAAACAUGGCGCAGUACAGCGCCAUCUGUUUUGCAUAUAGCAUAUACAAGUAAUAACAAAAAUAGUGGGGAUCAUUAGGAAAAAGUGGAAGAAAAAAUUAUUUGACGUGAAAUAUUUUUGGCCUUUGUAUGGAGUAAUGGUUAUAGUAUAUUUAUGUAAGUUUAUUACCAUUAGUAUAUAUUAUUUAUCGCUAUUUUUGCUUGUUUUAAGUUACUUAUUCUGUUUUUUUUUGUUUAAUGCCUGCACGUACUACUGUUUCUGUUUAGCCUGAUGGUUGACUGGUAGAGAAUGCCUUUAGGCAUUAAGUUCGCCAUUUGUACUUUAUUUGUUAUAUUGUGCAAUACAGUUUAAAUAAACAAAUAAAUAACGGCCGACUUGGGCGUCCUGUCCCAUGGGAAAACAUUUUUUUUUUGGGCCAAAAUUUUUUUCUUCUUUUUUCUAAUCCCAAUAUUUAAAUAGAUCCCCACUAUUUUUGUUACAUCCUGUAGAUAAUUAUUUAAUAGAGUCAGACCAAGAUAAGUUGGCAGCGAUUUUGACAGCCCGGACAGUGCAAGUGUUGUUUUAAACGUCAACCUUGUAUGAAAUUAUGACGUUUACUUACACUUGCACCGUCUGGUCUAUCAAAAUCGUUGCCAACUUAUCUUGGUCUGACUCUAAGAGAGUGUAAUGUGUACACGCGUUUUAUAAAAGGCUUACUUUGUAAUGACUUAAACAGGGAAAAGUGAGAGAGUUGCAUUAGUUUUUAUGAGAACCUGUCAAAUUAACCGGUUUAGAAGAAUAAAAACCGGUUUCUUCCUAUGUCGGUGUCUUUGUUUACACACACCACCAGGCCGACCAACGGUUGCGUCGCUCGUCGAAUAAACCGGUUUUUUAGGUUACAAUAAAGUUCUUAAAACGUUCGCGUUCGUAUAAAAGUUGGGUGGAAAAACGAAAUAAACCGGUAUUUACCGCUAUUUUAAAAACCGGUUCCCAGCCUUGGGUGAAACCUAUGCGCUAUCUUAAGAAAGUUCAUCAUGUCGUGUUCCCUCCCUGUCACACUUACGUACGAAUUUACAAGUGCGACAGAGGCAAUACGUCGAACAUGGUCCGCGGUAGGCCCUUAGCGUGUGCGGUGUAUAAUUUAUCACAGAAUAAAUAAUAUCGUACAAAAAUGACGCUUCCUAGACAAUCGAAGUUUGACAGCGGUUCAGGGACGAAAUAAUGCUGUUCUUUUCUAAUGUAUGGCACUAUCCCUUUCGGGCAUUUAGGGAUAUCAAAAUUCAAGUCACUAUCGUAUCUGUGGUUGUGCAUGCAAAGGGACGUCAAGUUGCGCCAACCCUAAUUAUUGCUCGGAGCACUGCUGAGCCGAACGGAACCGAGAAUGCCCGAAAGGAUCUGUGUCGCCCCCUGAUUUUUAUUAAGUUUGAUUAGUGAGUAGGUAAAUUAAACUGAAUGUACAAGCAAUAAUUAUCAUAAGAUGUGCCUUAGCUUAUGUGUUUUAAAUGUAUUAAAUGACAAUUUGUCAAUAAAUAAGAUUUGAUUGAA